AUGCCCAACUCCCACCUCACCUGCAGCAUCUGCCAUGUUCUCAGCGCCUGCCUCACCUUCCGCUUCUGCCACAUUCUCAAGACCUGCCUCACCUUCCGCUUCUUCCUCAUCUGGGGCUCCUUCUUCACCUUCAGCUCCUCCCUCGCCUGCAGCUCCUGCUCCAUUUACCGCUACCAUCUCACCGGAAGAUCCAACUACACCUGCAGCUCCUCCUUCAUUCCUGCCUCACCUGUGGCCCCUGCCUCACAAACGGAUCCUGCAACAUGCUCAAUUCCUGCCUCACCUGUGGCUCCCGCCUCACCUGCAACUCCUGCCACAUUCUCAACUCCGGCCUCACCUGCCAUUCCUGCUACACCUAGACCUCCGCCUCAUCUGCCUCCCCAGCCACUUCUUGCCCCUGGGGCUGGAAGAUCACUCUCCAGGGCCCCUCUCUGCCUGACCUUGCCCAGCACUCGGUAUCUGCCCAGGGGCCUCAAGGCAGUCCACACAGCCUCCUGGAACUCAUCCUCCUCGCAGUCAUCAGGGAUGCCCACAAGGAGCAGGCAGUGCUGUUCGUUCACGCCCAUCCACCGGCACCAGUCCCGCAGCAUCGCCAGCGUCAUGGCUAUGGACCUGGUGUGUGGGGGG